AAGAAAUCUUCAUAAAUGGAAGGAAAGAGGAAGAAAAAGGAAAAAAUUCAUUCAUUUAUUGGCAAUGCUACUCACCAAAACUUGUAUUCAAAGAGUCGGGGCAGUAACCGUCCCACGCUCCCUUGUAACCACGUACGUAUAGAAAAGCAGGGACAGCAGUCCCACGUUUUCCCUAUAAAACGACGGCUGUCAGCCCCCUCUUCUUCUUUCUUCUCUCUGUCUGACACAAACCUCGCUGCUUCAACCAACGCAGAACAACAUCUAGAAAUGACUACCUCAAAACGCGUUGCGGAAAGGAGGGUUGCAAGGUUUCAGAAGAACAUCUCAAGGAGGGGAUCCGUAGAAAGUUCAACCAAGAAAGCAUAUGGCUACCCCGUCGGCCCAAUUCUGCUGGGUUUUUUUGUCUUUGUGGUAGUUGGAUCAUCUCUUUUUCAGAUAAUCAGAAUUGCUACUAGCAAAGGCAAAGGCAUGGCUUGAGGAGCUGAUGAAGAAUAGGAUGGGGGAGGUCCUUAAAUCAUGUAAUGAGUUGUUAAUUUGGCAAAGUAAAACAAUGUCGUAGAAACUGAUGUUAAGACAUCUUGCUUGCUUUUAAUAAAUUCUGGCCUCAACUUCUUGUAUGGUUUUCUCA